CUGCGGUAGGCGUGGCGCGGAAUGGCUUGGCAGUCUGAUGUGCGGGGAAGGAGGUGAUUUACGGUGGGGCCGGACUGUCAGGUGGAAGGAGAAAGAAGCAGAAUAAGCUGAAAGAGAAAGGAGAUCUGUUGGCUAAUUUUAACAUGUCCAGCACAGAGGAGAAGUUCUCUCUCAAGGAGGUCUUGGUGAGCUUCAAGGCUUGCUUAAUAGAUGAUGACAAAGAUGUUAUUUUGGAACAUUACGUGAAUGGUUGGAAAGGACUUGUGAGAUUUAUGAGCUCCUUGGGAACCAUCUUCUCCUUUGUCUCUAAGGAUGCUGUAAGUAAAAUUCAGAUAAUGGAAAGCUAUUUGGCGGGCCCAAAUGGAGAGAGAUAUCGGACUCUACAGUCCAUGGUUGAAUACGAGCUAAGUUCUGACUUGGUGGAUCUGACAAAGCGCUCUGAUCACACAGACUCAGGGUGCCGUACUCUAUUGCGCUUACAUCGUGCCCUGCGCUGGCUGCAGCUCUUUUUGGAGAAGUUAAGAGUGAGCAACGAGGAUAGUAAAACAUCAACCCUAUGUACAGAGGCAUACAAUGAUUCUCUAGCCAACUUCCACCCUUGGAUUGUCCGCAAAGCCGCAACUGUCUCAUUCAUUGCCCUUCCCUAUCGCAAUACAUUUUUUGAAAUAAUGAAUGUGGGCACAACAGAAGAGGUUGUGGCUAUGCUCGGAGAGUCCAUGCCAUAUGUCACAAAAGUAUAUGACUUUACACAAGAAGUAUACUCCCAGCAUAAUCUGCUUGAGUUACCCUAACUGAAGGGUUCAGUCCAAGAUGUUUUAUUUAAUAAAAAUAUAUCCUGUGUUCUCUA